GGCUCUCUCCGCCUCCACAGCGCCCUCUUGCGGCUUGUGGAAACUUUCUUCGCGCUGUAGUUACUUCCUGUUUUGUCCGGAGUGGAGUCUUUCUGUCCUCUCGGUCCUCCGGUGCUGUGUCUCGUGUUUGUGUCGGUGGGCUCCCUGUCCUCUGUAUCGGUGUCCACGGACUCACCGCCCACUUAUCGAACCUUUGAGGGGGAGUUGGAAUCGGCGAGCCGGGAGCAGCGCAGGGCGCCGGGCAGAGCCCCGCAGGAGGGGCCGGUGUCCGACUGGUUGCGGCGUCCUGAUGGAUUUUACUUAAUGUUUGUCCUCUGGAGCUAACGUAAUGCUCUUUGCGGGUUAAUCAGUCAGGGUGCUGAUUAGCCGGCUCUGCUAACCAAGUUAGUUUAACUAGUUACCUUAGUUCCGGCUGGUUUGACCUCUAACUCGGGUUGUUUUUAAAGCUUUUCAGGCUAAAGAUGCUAAUUGAGCGGCUAGCUGCGCGUGCACGCCGCAGAAAACCGGGGUUCUAGUUUGUUCUGAAAAGCUCGUGAAUGUGACCCAACCAUUUUCUCCGGUUAACGGUCCGAACUGAGUCAAGCUGGGUUAAAAGUUUAACUCAAGAUUAUUAGACUGGAAAUGUGAACUGGUUCGGUUCUGGUCCAGUAGCAGAUUAAAGGAUUUGUUCCGGUUCUGAUACAAAACCGGUUCAGAUUAGUGGGUUUUUAAACUGGACUUUAGAAGUUGUUUAACCGGUUUCAGGAUCAAUCUGAACUGGAUUUUAAAAGCCCAGCUGGUUUCAGACCUGAUCGGACCCGGUCUUUCCUGUGAAGAUGGUCCGGAUCAGUCCUGAACUUUAAAGUCCUGUUCUGCUUUCCGUUGAUGUAGUUAGCCCAGGUCUAAGUGGGGUAAGGUCCCAGGUUUAGCUCGCCAUGGCAGAGCUCCACCAGAGUCCUACCUCACUUUGCUGCUGCCGAAAGUCCCUGCCGGUCUCUGGGGGCCGGUGCAUCGGGGACUCCAACCAGCCCUCGGUGGGUCCAGGACCCAGGACCCCACAGUGUCCUCUGGUGGAUGUGGCUUCAGUCUCAAACUUCAGGUGCUUCCAGCUGCAUCACUUCCACCUGGACCUGUGGCUGAACUUUGCAAUGAAAGAGAUGAGUGGCUGGUUGGUUCUGGACCUGGUCCCGGUCCAGACAGGGGUCUACACCCUCAUCCUGGACUCCCACCCCUCCCUUUUAAUCCACUCCAUAGACUGCAAGGUCCCCGGACACGGGCAGGAGGACCCUGUCUCCCUGACGUACCGGGUCGACCCGUUCACAGAGUACGGCUCGUCGCUCAGCAUCACUCUGCCGACCACGGCAGUGAGACCAGAACGGAUGAUCCAGAUCACCGUCCGCUACACAACCACGGAUGGCCCUGCGAUCUGGUGGCUGGACUCAGAGCUGACCUGUGGACAGUCUCGUCCUCUGGUCUUCACUCAGGGACACUCGGUCUGUAACCGGUCCUUCUUCCCCUGCUUCGACACACCUGCUGUGAAGAGCACGUACACAGCCACGGUCCGGGUCCCAGAUGGGUUGACGGUUCUGAUGAGCGCCUCUCGGAGUUCCUACUCCAAACCGGACCGGGUCUUCCAGUUCUCCAUGGAGUUCCCGGUCCCCUCCUACCUGGUGGCGCUGGUGGCCGGAGAGCUGCAGCACGCCGACAUCGGCCCGAGGAGCCGUGUUUGGGCGGAGCCAUGUCUGCUGUCCUGCGCAGUGAAGAAGCUGGGGGGCAGCGUGGAGCGCUGGCUGGCCGUGGCUGAGGACCUGUUUGGACCUUACCUGUGGGGCAGGUGUGACAUCGUCUUCCUCCCCCCCUCCUUUCCCAUUGUCGCCAUGGAGAACCCCUGCCUGACUUUCAUCAUCGCCUCCAUCAUGGAGAGCAGCGAGUUCCUGUUGAUCGAUGUGGUGCACGAGAUCGCCCACGGCUGGUUCGGGAACGCCGUCACGAACGCUACCUGGGAAGAGAUGUGGCUGAGCGAAGGCCUUGCCACCUACGCCCAGCGGAGGAUAACCACCGAGGCCUACGGUGAGGCGUUCACCUGCCUGGAAACUGUCGUACGAUUGGACGCCCUCCACAGACAGCUGCGUCUUUUUGGAGACAACAACCCUGUCAGCAAGCUGCAGGUCAAGUUUGAGCCAGGUGUGAACCCCAGCACGCUGAUGAACCUCUUCACCUAUGAGAAAGGAUUCUGCUUCGUCUCCUACCUGUCGGAGCUCUGCGGGGACGUGAGACGCUUUGAUCGAUUCCUCAGGGACUACAUCUCGGCGUUCCGGUUCCGGAGCGUGGUUGCUCAGGACCUCAUUGACUACUUCCUGCAGUCCUUCCCGGAUCUGAAGGACGCUGCCGUCGCUCAGAGAGAAGGUCUGGAGUUCGAGCACUGGCUGAGCGGCUGUGGACCGCCUCCGUUUGAACCGGACCUGUCAGCAGGGGCCUCUCUGAUCAGGCCGGUCCAGGAUCUGUGUGACCUGUGGAGGAGCAGCGACCCUCCGGACCCCCAGACCCUGGCCACCUUCAACCUGUCAGCCUGGAGCACCUUCCAGGUGGUUCUGUUCCUGGACCGUAUGCUGGACCAGGCGCCACUCCCCCAGGAUGUGAUGGCAAGUCUGUCCGGCUGCUAUUCGUCCCUGUUUGACAGUCUGAAUGCUGAAGUCCAGAUCCGCUGGCUGCAGAUGGUGGUGAGGAACACGUUCCACCCGGACCUGCCGCGAGUCCGAGCCUUCCUGCACAAACAUACAUCCAGGAUGUACACCGUGCCUCUCUACGAGGACCUGGUUGCCGGGGUGAUGAAGUGCGUUGCCGUGGAGAUCUUUUACCAGACGCAGUGCCGCCUCCACCCCAACCUGAGGCGGACGUUGCAGCAGAUCCUGUUUCAGACCGGAUCUUCUCCUAGCAAUCAGAACAGCCCAUCCCUGUCUGCUGUGCUUUCACCCCCCCCCUCCAGCUCCCCGCAGCCAACACCUGCUGCCAUGGCAACCACUCCUGCCACCAACGGGACGGCCGCUGCCAUCGCUCUGCAGGACGUCAACGUCUCAGCGUGACGACAGUUCUGAUUGGUUUAUAGAUGGGUGCCGCAAGUGGCAGGUUGCCAUGGAAACAGAGUUUAAACACUGGAAGUAGUAGUUUCAUUCCGCAGCUGCUCAAACUGUGGCCCCUGGUCCUCAGAGGGGCCACUGUCAUGCCACCACAUAGAACCAAUCCAGUUUCCCGGACCUAAUUUUUUUUUUAUUGGAGUGAGCUGAUUGGCUGAGAGUUCACCUGUUAACCUCCUAACUUCAGCAGCAGGUGGAGACAGUCUGAGACCAGGACCAGGACCAGUCCACAGGAAGUCCAUGUGGGAGAGAAAAAAACUGCUUUUUAUUGUUUUUCUAAACAAUAAAAAUAAACUAUGGACACUUUUUACUUUUGUUUUAAGUUGUGAAACAAAAGUUUUUUGCUCAUCAGCCGAACCCAGACCUGGUUCACCUGGGUCACCUGGUUCCAGCCGAACCCAGACCUGGUUCACCUGGUUCCAGCUGAACCCAGACCUGGUUCACCUGGUUCACCAGGUUCCAGCUGAGGAAUGGUGCUUUCACUUUCUCUGCAAAAAAUGUGAUUUUAAUGAAAUCUAACUGCUGGAAUCAAAACUAAACCAGGUUUAACUAGACCCAGAACUCUACCUCCACCUGAUAUGGACACACCUGCAGACCUGGACCCAGAACUGUUUUUUAGGUCCAGCUCAAGCCCCAUCUUCAAACCCAAAACCUUCAACUGCGUGGCCUUUCCUAUGUGGACUUAUUUUUUCUCUUAGACAUCACCAGCAGCAAAGAUCCAGGUUUUCACCAGAACUCUGAUCAGAACCAGAACUAGGAAGACCAGUCACCUGGAAAACCAGAUCGUUCAGGAAGUUCCAGUUCCCAGCCAACACUGAACGCCUCAUCUGAAUAAACUGUGAAAAAGAAAACCCUCCUGAAACCUCAGUUCUACUUCCUGUUACCUGAUGGUUCUGAUCCGAUUAAUCAGAUUAUUUCAACUGGAUCAUUGAAGCAGAAUUAAUAAAUUAUUGACUUUAAUAUUUAUUAUGUUGAAUCAGAAAUAAGUAAAUGGUGAUGUUCGUAAACAGUUUUCUGUGACAUCAAGCUUAGAAUAGUGGUUUUAUUUUGAAGGAAUCUGAAUCAACUUCUUUUUUAUUUUCUAAUCACACCGGAAAUGUUAACUCACACUUGUUCAAUCGCUUUGAUUUUUUUUAUGCACCGGAAGUUUGUGAUGCCACCUUCAAAAUAAAAGACCGAGAUAACA